AUUCAUCCAUCGCUCAAAUAAUGAGCUCUCCAAUAAAGUAAAUAAAUCAACAAACAAAUAAAACAAUAAUCAGCACAUACACAAGAAAAAUAGCCAAUAUGGGUGAUACAAGGAAUAAGUUAACGGCGGCGACGGCCCUCGCCGCCCUCCUCGUGGCGGCGUUCCUGGCAAACCCGGCCAGCGCCGCCCCCAACGAGGGCGGGUCCGAAGAACCCUCGAAAAUCUGCGCCGGCACCGACUACAAGGCCACCUGCGAGAAGAGUAUCGCCAAUGCCAACAGCAAUCAGCCCAAGGACCUGAUCAAGGCGGCGUUCGACACCGCCGUGACGGAGCUGCAGGGCGCCAUCAAGAACUCGGCGGCCUACAAGAAGGUGCAGUCGGACCCGAUGACGCAGAAGGCGCUGGUGGUGUGCGAGGAGGUGCUCAAUAUUGCCAUCGACGAUCUCAGAAGGUCAUUCGACAAGGUCGAUCAGAUCGAGAACGGGAAGCUCGAGUACAACAUCGCCGAUCUCAGGAACUGGCUCAGCGCCACCGUCGCCCACAAGGAAACGUGCAUCGACGCCUUCCAGAACACCACAGGCGACACUGGGGAGAAGGUGAAGCAGAUUUUGAAGACUUCGAGCGAGUUGUUGAGUAAUGGUCUAGCAAUGAUCUCCGAGUUGCAGAAGGUUUUCUCGUCGAUUGAUUUCGGGAAAAUCGCCGACGGCAUCAAAGGCCUCACCGGCGGAGACGGCAUCAAGGGCCUCACCGGCGGCGCCGGCGACGAGAAGAGGCAGCUCCUCGGAGACGAAGGCGACGACGAUGAGAUCCCCGAAUUCAUCGACGUCCACGCGAGGAGGCUGAUGGCGGCCCCUUCGGGAGGGGUGAAGGCCGAUGCGACGGUGGCGCAGGACGGCAGCGGCCAGUUCAAGACCAUCAACGAUGCCGUCAUGACCUUGCCCGCGAAGAGCACUAAACCGUUUGUGAUUUUCGUGAAAGCCGGCCUUUACAAGGAGUAUGUCCUCAUUCCGAGGGGCGUGAACAACGUCGCGAUCAUCGGAGAGGGGCCGUUGAAGACGAGAAUCACCGGCGACAAGUGUGUCAAGAAUGGUUUUCCGACAUUCCACUCUGCAACCCUAACCGUACAAGGAGAAGGGUUCAUGGCGAAGGACAUCGCGAUCGAGAACACGGCACCGGAGAGCCAGGCGGUGGCGGUGCGAAUCAACGCCGACAUGGGCGUGUUCCAGAACGUCCACAUGGACGGCUUCCAGGACACCCUCUACUCCCACAGCUACCGCCAGUUCUACCGCGACUGCCGCAUCUCCGGCACCAUCGACUUCAUCUUCGGAGACGCCAAGACCAUCAUCCAGAACUCCGAGAUUGUCGUGCGCAAGCCCCUCCCCAACCAGGCCUGCAUGGUCACUGCCCAGGGCCGCAAGGAGAAGAAGAGCGACGGCGUCAUCGUCAUCCAGGGCGGCUCCAUCACCGCCGAGAAGGCCUUCCUCGACGCCAAUCCCAAAUUCGAGGCCUACCUCGGCCGCCCAUGGAAGGAGUUCUCACGCACCAUCAUCAUGCAAACCGACAUCGGCGGCUUCAUUAACCCGCAGGGGUGGUCCCCGUGGAUGGGGACGUUCGCGCUCGACACGCUCUACUACGGCGAGUGGUCCAACACCGGGCCGGGGGCGGACCUCUCCAAGCGGGUCAAGUGGAAGGGUAUUAAGAAGAUGACGCCGAAGCUCGCGGAGGGGUUCACGGCGCAGAAGAUCUUUGUUUAUGACGAUUGGAUCAAGAAGACUGGAGUGCCGUAUGUUGGUGGGAUGCUGCCUAAAUGAGUGUGUUCUUGAAUUUUUCGAUAUCGAAUUGGUUUUGAGGGAUUUUGGGGUUCUUUUUGUUUCUGUUUUUUUGUGAUUUGUUGGUGGCGAUGAGAUUAAUUCCGCCCCCUUUGAUGUUUGGUUUUUUAGUUUGAUUAUUAGUAUGGAAAUGAAUAAGGAAAUAUUUUUGAAUUUA